AUGCCCGGACUAUUUCUAAUUAACUCUUCUCAUUCUAAGCCACAAUCUCUCUCCUUUGUCAACAUCCUUACGACCACUCCUGCAAUCCCACUCAUUUCGCACAGGAACAAUUCUUACCAAUUGUCCGCAAAAAUACCCGCCCUCGUUAACUCGAGACUGGCUUCCUCCCUCGACCGUAAACCACUCCCUCCCCCUCCCCAUCAUGCUCUCCGCCCACAAUCUCAGCCUCGAUUCCGCAAUUCCUUAAGACCAUAUCGCGAGCACCCAGUGGCUCCAGUCGAUCCUCCACCUUCGUUUUCCUCCUCAAUUCCCUCCCCUCCAUUCACCGUGGUCUCCCCGUCCACGUCCCCAUCAUCCGAUACCUCCAUCUCCACAUCCUGCGAUGUGGUUUCGGCCCUCCAUCCUCGAGUCGCUGUGAUUUUGGGCGUUGAUCGCCGCUGGCAUAUCCCCUUGUUAUUCUGUCGGGGUCUCAGCGUCCUACCGGCAGCAUGGUGGGGGCUACGAUGUGCAUUUAUGUUCCUGGCAGAGCUUCUGCGUAUCAGGCCCCAGUUUUGGCAUGAGGGAUGGACAGCAGCGAUUGUGAUGAGCACUUCGGGCGAUUGGGAUAUGGAGAGGAGGUUCAGAGUUAUAGAAGUGGCAUUGGCCAUUAUCUGGUGUUCAGCAUCGGCGUAUUUGUUUUACUUCUUCACGGAUUGUAUGAUGUCUAGAUGGCUUCUUAAUUAUGCACCUCCUGCUGUUGUGAUUCGACUUUUGGCUACAAAUGGUCUUCUUGCCUACCUCACUUCAUGGAUUCUCUACCUAUCAGGGGCAUCCUCGGAUCCCCGCCUCCUGCUUCCAGCAUGGAUAUCAAUCGCGUCGGUCCUCUCUUUUGUCUACCAUAUCACCCAGCGCCAAAUUAAUGUGAAGAAAGAAACAUUUGCGACAAUCUACGUCUUCUCAAUUGCAAGCUUUAUCAGCAUGUGCUCUUUGCUUCUACAGUUGCACCUCACACGUGAGAAUGAGCCUGAAGUCCCACUAUUCGUUAUGGGUAAAAAGGCAUUGGAAAUUGGCACGGAAAUGAUUGCUGAAUACAGGGUAGGAACUCCAUGUUUUUCGCAAUAA